UUGAUCACCAGUGUUGGUGUUGUUGAUGUAGAUUUAUACAUUACAAAGUGUCAGUCUACAUAGUUAACCAAUAAUAGAUAAACGUGAAGACAAUGAAAUGAAGAUCAAUAAUUAGCUGUUGAAUUACAAGUGAGGAGAAGAACAACAACAAGGAUUUACAUAUAUCUGUGAUGUUAUAGAGAUGCAUUAUGGAUUAUCGCCAUGGCGAGGUAGGGGAAGUUUCAGUGGACCUCUUGUUUGACGACUUCAUCAAGGCAGGCACAUGUAAGCAUAUUCUGUCCACAUUCCAACAACUAUGCGAGGAGUUGGACAUCAAGCACACUACCCAUAGACACUUCUACCGCAGACUCCGCAACCGUAUCACCUCAUGGAAGGCUCAGACAGUCUGGGCAAAGCUCGACAAGCGAGCGGGGCUCAAGGAGUACAGGAAGGGGGAGUCCUGCUCAGACACUAGGGUCCUAGUGAUUGGAGCAGGACCAUGUGGAUUGAGGACGGCCAUCGAGUGUGCCCUGUUGGGUGCACGUGUGGUGCUGCUGGAGAAGAGGGACAGUUUCUCAAGAAACAAUGUCCUUCAUCUCUGGCCCUACCUCAUCACUGACCUCAAAAACCUUGGUGCUAAAAAGUUCUUCGGAAAAUUCUGCGCUGGUGCCAUCGAUCACAUCAGUAUUCGACAGCUCCAAUGUAUCCUGAUGAAAGCAGCACUGAUCCUGGGGGUGGAGAUUCACUGUAAUGUGGGAUUCGAGGAUCUUCUAGAACCACCUGAGGACCAGUCCACUCACAACAUUGGGUGGCGUUGUAAAGUGGAACCACCAGAUCAUCCAGUGUCAGAGUAUGAGUUUGAUGUUCUUAUUGGGGCUGAUGGAAAGAGAAACACGCUGCAGGGUUUCAGGAGGAAGGAAUUUCGUGGGAAGCUUGCAAUAGCUAUCACUGCCAACUUUAUAAACCGUAACACUACAGAGGAAGCCAGUGUAGAGGAAAUCAGUGGUGUGGCUUUCAUCUUUAACCAAAAAUUCUUUAAAGAUCUAACAGAACAAACAGGCAUAGAUCUGGAGAAUAUUGUGUACUACAAGGAUGACACUCAUUAUUUUGUGAUGACAGCAAAGAAAACCAGUCUGUUAGACAAAGGUGUUCUGAUAAGGGAUUUUCCUGACACUGCCUCCCUCCUGUCCCCGGCCAAUGUUAACCGGGAUCGUUUGAUGGACUAUGCCAGGGAGGCUGCUGAUUUCUCGACCAAUCAGCAGCUCCCUCACCUGGACUAUGCAAUCAACCAUUACGGUCAGCCUGACAUUGCCAUGUUUGAUUUCACCUCCAUGUUUGCUGCCCAAAACGCCUCACGAGUCAUAGAGAGAAAUGGUCAUAACUUGUUGAUUGGACUAGUCGGAGACAGUCUACUGGAGCCGUUCUGGCCCACUGGUUCUGGUUGUGCCCGAGGAUUCCUCAGCUGUCUCGACGCUGCAUGGAUGAUUCGACGCUGGGCAUCGGGGAAGAUGACACCUCUUCAGGUGUUGGCUGAGAGAGAAAGCAUAUUCCUACGACUCUCACAGACAACGCCUGAAAACCUUCACAAAAACCACCAUAUGUACACCAUAGACCCCAAUACAAGGUAUCCCAACUUAAAUUUCAAGGCCAUUUUACCUGAGCAAAUGCGACAUCUGUAUGACUGUGGCGAUGGUACAAACCUGGACGAGAUCAUUGAUAUACCUGCUAAGCGAGCUAGAAAUGAUGACUUUGUGGACAGUUACACAUUACUUCGAUGGUGUCAGAAGCUGUUGAACACAGGAACAUUCAGGACAGUACACAUAGUGGACCUGACAUCCUCCUGGCGCAAUGGAUUUCCUCUCUGUUAUCUCAUCAACAUCCUCAAACCAAACGCAAUUGAUAUGAACAGUUUAAAUUCAAAGGAGGGGGCCAAAAACUGCCAGUUUGCAUUUGACGUGGCUCAGAGGGAGUUUGGGAUUGCCCCUGUUAUGACUGGAGAGGAGAUGACACAAUGUUCUGCCACAGACAAACUCGCCAUGAUCUCAUACCUGUCUCAGUUCUACCAGAGGUUCAGGAAGGACAGAGCAUCCAGCUUUGAGUCACCACGAGAGGAAAGCCACAAGAGUCACAAGUCCCCGCAUCAUCGUCUUUCCAUCCUACAGAAGCUGCGAGUCAGUGCACGAUUUUCAAGGUCAAAAAAGAGGAAAGAAAAGGAUGGAGACAAGCAUGAAACAUCUUUCAGUAAGAGGCGACUAAAAGAGAAGGAAGUUAAGGCGACAAAUGGUGACAUACAUUUGACAAAAUACAACAAACUGCCAAUGGAUGAGAUUGCCAACAAAUUGACCGUCCAGCCCAAAAAUGAAAAUGUCAAACAGAAAGAAGAGUCCUUGGCAGCAGUUAAGGUCAGCGCCAUGGCCGAAAUCCUUGUGUCAAAGUUCAAGGGUCAGCAGGAUGAGCCAGUCAAGACAUCACCAGCCACAAAAAGGAAGCAGCCAGGUGUGUUACUAGCUGCCACCAAGGCUAGUGAGUUCUGUUACUUCUGUAAGAAGAGGGUGUAUUUGAUGGAGCGUAUGAGUGCCGAGGGCAUUUUCUUUCACCGCGAGUGUCUCAAAUGUAGCUUCUGCUCUGCUGGUCUCCGACUCAGUAACUACAGCCACGAGCGCUCACACACUGGGGAAGUGAAGUUCUACUGUUUCCGACAUCAACGACCAGAAUCUAGGGUACAAGUAAGGAGCCGGCGGAAGAGGUCUUGGCUCAAAGAUGAUAGUCUCAAGGAAAACAUUCCAAAGAUUUCAAUUGACACCAGUGACUCACCAACACCUCAGCGUACGAAAACUGAUGGUUCUCCAAAGAAAGUACCAAGUCCACUGUCUCCACCUUUGAUGCCAGAUGCAGAUUUUGUGAAGGCCAAGAAAACACCAGAGAGGAUAGAGUUCGAGAACAGCAUUGAUGGUCUGCAGGAGGAAGAGUCUGAGGAGGAGCUAACGGAACACAAUCUCCGAGCCUCCAUGUCCUCCGAAGCCAUCCUCAGUGACGAAGAGGAGGAAAAUAUGUCAGACUCUGAUCUCGAAGACCUAUAUGAAAUGCUGAGUGACUGGUCGAGUGAUGAUGCCGAGCUAACAGAGGUGAUGGAAGAAACAUUUGGCCUCAAGAAGGAUUUAACAUUGGAGGAAGCUCUUGAGGUAGUGGAGACCCUCAAACGCAAGUCACACGAAAACCUUAUUGAUGCUGUUAAUAAUGAAGGCAAGGUCAAAUACAUGGACAGUGAUGAUGACGACGAUACAGAGGUGGAGGGAGACUCUGAAUUUGAAACAGACCAAGAGGAUGAUGAUACAGAGAUGGAGGAUGAUGUAUGGGAGGAGGCUGAAGUGGAACCAACACCUUCUGUUACACCCAACAAAAAACUUUCGCUCAACAUCCCACCUCCAGACAUUUCUAGUGUAGAAUGCAAAGCACGACGAGCAAACUUCUUCACCACACCGCCGGAAGUGGUAAGGCUUGAUCCAUGGAAGAUGUUUGGUAUGGGAAAGACAAAUGAAGACAUCAAUAAGAACCCUAAGUCUGAGGACUCUGAAGAAGUGAUCACAACACAGCCUCAUGCUGCAGCAGAUAUGAUCCCCUCUGACACAGAGGCCACUGAUCGUCAAAUAAAGACAGAGAUAUUGGAUGAGGAUGAAAACAAAGAAAGACAAGAGGAAGUGGUGGCUGGGGCUGAUGCUGAUGACCAAAGGACUGAUGAGGAAUGUGAUGAAGUCUUUGAUUCUGAUCAUGAGGAGGAUGGAGAAGAAGAUGCUGAUGAUAAAGAUGCAUUGAAAUAUGAAAUGGAGAAAUUAUUAGUUGACAUUGACCAUAAGUCUAGUGCUAGUGGUGAAAGUGUUCCUGACCUGCUGAAGACCGAUGAGGAGGAAGCUCACUCGUCUUCAGCAGAUGAGGAAGAUGAAGCAGCAGGGAUGGACAUUGCUAUGUUGGAGGACACAGAACAAGCUGUACUUAAGAGUGUACAACAAAUGAGUGAGAAUGGCUCGUCUUCCUCAGGACGUACCACGCUACAGGAUGUGUUAAAUAGUGUAGAGGGCAUGAGAGCAGAGGAUAUUGAAGUUAAUGUGCAGGAUUUUACUAGAGUAGAUGAUAGGUUCAUUACACGGACAAGAGGUGGUAGGAAAGGGGCUGUGAAAAAGAAGAAGCGCCCAACAUAUCGUGAUUCUGUUGGGUCAGAUUCCAGUUUUACUAUCUCCACCCCUAGUCAUUCUGGUAGGUCAUCUGUGAGUUCUCUAUCGUCUGAGCUGGAUCAUAAUCAGACAUAUGUUAAAGAUGAGGACAAUGAUGAAAAACCAGAUGAGGAUUUAUUACGAGAUUAUCAGCUGACUCUUAGCCAAGUUUUGGGUGAGGAAUACACUGACAGCACCACACCCAGAAACAAUGUUGAUGAAGAUAAUCUGGAUGAAACUCUUAAUGCAGAACAGGAUGAAUUCGAAAAUUCAUUUGUAGACAAAGACAAAAGUUUCUAUGCAACACCUAAUGCAAGUGCGAGUGAUAAAAGUGCUAAUAUUAGUGACAAGUAUUCAUCUGCAAAUGAGAAUUCAACAGAGUUAUCUCCUGAUGCUGUGUGUAAUAAUAAUAUAACAAAAACGAACAGUGACGGUAGUGCUUGGCGUCCCCUCCCUCCCCUACCCCCUGUAGAUAAUGAUGAAAAUGUGAAAUCCUCUUCCAAGUCACUUACAAAGCGUCAGAACAGUACCGAGUCUGGUGGUGACUCGGGAACGGAGCGACGUCCAUCCACGGGGAGACAACUGCCUGAUAUUAGUAACCUCACCAGUAAAGUAGCUCAGCAAGGGUUUCAGAGCAAGUUCAUGAAAAAGAAAAUAGGUUCUCCUACCUCAACUAUGACAAGUGGUGACAGUACAACUAGUGGAAAAGAGAGUUCUUCUAGUCCAGAAAUGAAGUUCAAACACAGGUCAGUUUCUACAGAUAGUUCUAGGAACAACUACACAUCUUCUUCAUCAGCGAGUGGCGAUAAAGACAGAGUACCAAAAUCUAAGGAGAAAAAGAUGAGAGUGUCAGUAGAUCAUAGCAAACUACGGGCUGUCAGCAGCUACGAGGACAGUUCAAGUCAAAAUGAAGAGGCAGGGGGCAGGAAAAAGAAAAUUGGUAUAGAUUCAAGACUGAAAAAUCAGAUGAAGGAAGAGAUAAACAAACCACGUGUGAGUGUAGGAGAGCACAUGGUGGAUGACAUUCCAUUUGCAGAUGACAGCGAAGAAGAUCCACACUAUGACAAUUUCUACACACCAGCUACCUCUGUAAAGAGUAAGCCAGCCCCAGCCUUGAAACGUCCAAGUCCGCAACGUGACAUUAGAAAACGAUUACUGCCUAUGCCUCCCAAUCAAGGGGAGAGCACUCCAGCUGUGCCAACGAUUGAUCACAUACGACAACUCAAGCGCACAGAUAUGGACAAGGCACGUGAAAAGGCUCGAGAGAAGGCAAGACUGAAAAGUGAUGAGGAGUUAGGGUUAGCAAACAUGGGCUAUACCCCAGUAGCGGGUCAUAAAGGUCAUCGGUAUCAUCGUGGCAACAGCACCACCCCUAGCACUAGUGAUCAGGUCUUCUCAGACAGUGAUGAUAAUCAUAAGUCAAAAGUGCUGCAUUCUACUCCAAAUGGUGAGGUAGUCCAACUACCAAAGUUUUCCAAAGGAAAAAAGAAUGAAAAUUUAGACAACAGUACCAAUGGUAAAAGUUCGGAUAGGUCAGAUACUGAAACCAAAUCAACAAACAAGAAACGCAAAUCACUUCUUCAGAUGUUAAGGCCAGGCAAGGAAAAAAACAAAGAUUUUAAGGACAAAAGGUCUUCAUCAAAUGAUACUCUUGAUGAAAAAACUGAAAAGAAAGUGAAAAAGACACUUAAAUCUGAUAAAAAGAAGAAAAAACCUCAUAAAUCUGAAGGGGAUGCUUUAGACAAGGGCCUGAGUGAGGGCAUGCAGGACUUAAAGAUUGUGGGGUCCAUGUUUGGACAAAAGGGGACUCCUACAGGACGACGCCCGGGCCAUGCUGUCCGAAGGACUGUGGCUCCAAGGGCUGAUUUGGAAGAGUUUUCUGAUUCUGAUGAAAGUCACGUGUCUGUUGAAACCACACUGUCUAGGCGAUCAAGGGACCGAAGGACGAUGUCAGAAGACGAGGUAAAUGUGAAGAUUGCCCGUCGUGUACAGUCAGCUGCAAAAAAACAGCUGAAGCAGCGUGAACAGAAGCGCCUGAGGAUGGCCCAGGAGAUCCAAAGACAGCUUGAGGAAGUGGAUGUCAAACAGAGGGAGCUAGAGGAGCGGGGUGUCUCUAUAGAGAAGGCUCUUCGAGGGGAUGGGCCAGAUGCCGAACGAGAAGAGAAGGAAUUGAUGCAGGAAUGGUUUAAUUUGGUGUACGAAAAGAAUGCACUAGUCCGAUAUGAAUCUGAAUUGAUGGUCAAUGCACAAUAUAUGGAACUUGAGGACAGGCAUGGUCGAUUAGAACAGAGACUCAGAGAGAGAAUGGCAAUGGACAACUUUUUGCUUUACGAUGUUGGAGAGCGGAGCCUAUCUGAGAUGUUUCGAGAUUUUGCUAUAUUAGAUAUAGUUAAAACCCAGGAACAAGCUGCAGAGGAGAAGCGAAUUCUGGACGAACUUCUCCAAGUCGUGGAGGAACGCAACAAUCUUGUCGCCAUGUUGGAGGAGGACAGACUCAGAGAGCGAGAAGAAGACAGCGAGCUCCAGUCCAUGAUGCAGAACAAAGGCUUUAAUCUCAGUCCCCUUGACAGUACCCGCAAGCUACGUGACUCUCAAGGAUUCCCGUUGUCCUGCUAGCAUACCUUAACCAUCAGAGUAUGCUACAACACUGCAAGCCAACACUGAAACAUGUUGUAGAAGAUCUCGGAUACAUACAUGUGUCAUUAUUAGAAACAUUGGAUAAUAUCAGUGAAAACAAGUUUUUUUGACUGUGUUUUCAUCUCCAAAGGUUGCUUUUCUGGAAAAGACAGAGUUAGUCCAGUCAAACAAGCAGCAAUAUGUCACAGCUGUCAACAUUUUUCAAAGAAUUCUCAGAGUGCUAUGCUAUGAAUGACAAGAAACAGAUUUCACAAGGACAUUCUUGUGCUUAACAAAUACCAAAAGUGAUAUAAAAUUUACACACCUCACUUGUAUAAUGUUAUUUUAAACUAGCCAUGCGCUACAGACGAGACUUGGGGACAAUGCCUUUAUAAGUAGCACUGUUGCAAUGAAUGCUAUGUGUGAGACUACAGUAAACUUGUAUCUACAAGUGACUGAACUAGUUCUGUGGAGUCUGGUAGACUUCAGGGAGAAAUGUGCAAUCAACAUAUUAAUCAUUUGUGUAUAUUCCUCACAUGGGAACAUCAUGUGUCGGUAAACUGAUAUCCAGUUGUAGUUAAAUGUUUUGAUAUGUAUUUUGUUAUGUGUAACCCCUCAAUACAUCAGAUAAAAGUCUAUAUCAACGUUAAAAUCACAGGGAACGAUAGUGAAUUACCAACCUAAACAUAAUAAGUAAAUACGGUUUAUUUAAUGUGAAGGUUUAUAAUUGAAUUAUUCGCUACUGUUCCCUGUGUUAAAAAUCCAGCCAAAUGAGUUAUGAUCACUACUAACUGUGACUGCAAUAUUCUUACCAUUUCAAAUAUCAACAAAAUGGCACAAAAUAUAACUCAUUAGAUGCAAUUUUUAUGUUAUAGCAAAAAUACAUUUUCAAGUUUUAUUUUACCAAUAUCCUUUUAAAUGUUAAUUUCUUCCGUAUUUGUUCAUGCCUUGUAAAUGUUAAAGGGCUGUAACUUUCAGCUACUCUGUAGCUCUCAAUACAACUAAAAUUUGCUUCUAUAUUUUCGAUCUUUUACUGAUUAUAUUUGAUAAUUCAGUUAAGAUGUGGUACAAUACAAUUUGGGAAACUAUUUGAAAUCUCCAAGAAAUGGUAAUAAUUUAUUGAGUCAGGAAGGGGCAUUUCUCAUUUGUGCUGUCUAGGAGAACAAGAAAAUGUUUAUACAAAGGUUGAAUCAGGAAUAUACCCGGUAAAGGAGCAUUACAUUCUCAUCACUAGAAAGGACCAACUACCCAAGUAGCAAAUAAUUAUGGAAAUGGGCAGUUUUUUUCAGUAAUGGUAAUGUGAAAACAUAUUAGAUAUUUAAAAACUAAUCAUUGGAAAAAUAUAUUAUAUACUUGGUAAUAUUGUCAGAAUACACCUUCAGUUAUCAUAACAAGAGACAGGUGUUUACAAACAUGUCUGAGGAUAUGAUAGAGAUAUCCUUGCUGUUGUAUGCGUGAUAUUAUUUAUGCAAUGUUUUGACUUUUCUUUCUGCCUUUAAUAUGCUACAAUAAGCCUAUUAUUUAUGUGAUUGUUUCCUGGUAUGCAUUGUUCUGUGAUCUGUGACAUUAAGAAAUAUCUUGUAGGAGUGCUGAUGUAUCUAGGAUUUUGUAGGUUUAACUUGGAAACAGAUAUAAAAUUACUUGAUGGAAAAGAAAGUUUCCUCUCCAAAUAUCUCUAUAUUAUAUAUUUGUUGUGCCUGCUGUUUUAUCGUUAUUGGCAUCAGUACCUAUUGAUAAUCGUAUAUAACUGGGGAGAAGAUAGUUUUCUUUUUAAAGUCAAGAGCAUUCACAAAUAGCAGGGAUUCAAUUUUUAGUGUGAAUUGAUUUUCCUUAUGAUUACUAAGACAUCUUGAAAUUUAGAUGUCGAUUAAGGUAGAUGUAUAAAUAUCAAAAUUUUAAACAAUAUUUAAUGUUUGAAGAUUUUCUUUGAUAUAAAUUUUGUUUUUAUUGAUGUGGUGCUUAUCAGCUUUAAACAAAAUUUCCUGCAAGUGUAGUUUAACUGCUUAUAUACAGUUGUCACAGUUCUUUAACUUCCGAUACAAAAGAUGGAUUCUCCCUGGCAUGCACGAUCUGUACUGUAACUGUUCAGUAAGAAAAUCUUGUAAUUCUGUGCUUUUGAUAUUGAUCAGAACUGCUAUUGAUGUUUUUGGUGUACUUUUUUGGGGCUAAUUUUUAUUAGGAUUUGUUAUAAAGACAUGUGUUAGGUUUUGUACAGUCUGUGAUGGCAUAUGUACAUUCCUUGUCAAAGUAACAAUACCUAUAUUGUGUAUCAAAUUCAUUGCCAAGUUCAUCACAGAGGUGAUUUAUUUUGUUGUCACCAUGGUGACUUAUUAUAGUAUCACCAUGAUGGUGACUUAAUUAAGUCAGCACAUCAUAUUUUGUUGAAGAGAAAGCCUGUGUUGGCAUACAUUUGUACAAACUAAUCCUAAAUGAGACCCAGUAUAAAUGACAGUAUGUAUUUGUUUGAGGUAUAUAUGUCCUUGUUGAAUUCCAACAUAGGUAUUCCUAUGAUAUGUACAGUACUGUUGAAAUUCAACUUGGAUAUAAAAUUGACACAUUGUAAUAUACUGACGUGUAAGAAAGCUGAUCGUCAUUACUAUAGACUCACAAAUAUAUAUUAUCCAGGCACUGACGUCAUAUAUACUUCAUUAUUUUGUCAUCAUGGAGACUGGAUGAGCUAUUUGUAUCAGGCGAGUGAUUGGCUAAUAUUUGGUGCGGAAUAUAAUGGAACAUGUUAAAUACAUUUGAUAGAGUAAGUGUAUCUAAUACCAGUCCUGCCAUAGCAUCUUUAAACUUAUCACAGGAACUAAGUUAAGGAUUGUUGCCUUACUUAAAUGCACAGGGAAUUGGCACAAAUUCGCAAUACAAGGUCCAUGCAUAUGUAAUCAUGUACUUGUAAUGCAUACACAUUUAGACCACGAAUUGUCAAUUUGGGCCAAAUACCUGUAGUUGAUAACAGAACCUUCAUUUUCUCUCUUUUUUUUUGUAAAUUAAUACAAUUAAUGCAUUAUGAUACAUAAACUGAAUAGCUAUUAAGUUUCAAAAAGGAUUCAUAGACAUGUUAAAAAAUGUUGAUAGUUAUUGGAAGUUUAUAGAUAUUCACUACACUUUGUGUGGAAGGCACUUUCUAGGGAGGGUUCAUUAUUCCUGUUUAUGUAAACAGGUCCACAUUUGUUAUUAUCUGCAUUGAUAGUGGUUCUAGAGGCCAAAUAUAAAUUGUGCAGUUCAGUACCUACUUGCUUCAGAUCUUAUAAAAACAUUUUGCCUUCCCUGUAUUAAUACAUUAACUGUUUUUUCUUCUAGAUAUAUUUAUUGUUGAAUGAGUUGUAUUGAGCCAAUGAAUGCAAGUGUUAACUGAGAGAAAUAUGUAAAGAGAGGGAGAAAGAAAUGUAGCGGGGUAUCAGUGAGAUAAGACAGACUGGGUGAGGGAGGAGAGGUGAAAUCUGAUCAAAGGUGAAAAUAUGUUUUAUUUAUCUUGUUCACUGGUACAUAUGUAUAAAAUGUUGUCUAAACACAGAGACUUGGGGACAAAUUUCCAGCCCACACUCCAUUAUGUAUAUAUAUAUACGGUGUAUAUAUAUAUACUAUAAUAAUACAUGUAUAUAUGGACAUUGGGUUGGGAAUUUGAGCCAAGUCCCUGUGUGUCUAAAGGAAGAUACAUGUAUUUAAAGUUACAUUGAGGCUUAUUGUACUCACCUAUGAUUCAUCAUACUGUGAAAAAAGUUAUGCUGUUGAGAAUUUCCAGUUUUAGAGUCUAAAAGUAGCAAUUUUAAUUUAAUCAAAUAUUAAGGAAGUUACCUGUUUUACUAAAAAAAACAUUUAACAUGUUUAGUGUUUUUAAUAGAGAAAAUUUCAUUUUCAGGUAUAUAUUUAGUACAUAUCUGUAGAGUUUUGAUGCCAUUUAGUAUAUUAUAAACACUUCUAUAUCUGUUAUGAAGUUCAAAAAGUGAAUACGUAUCAAGAAAUACAAAUUGGUGUUUUUAGUGAGUUUUGAUCUUUGAAUGAAGAAUUUAUGUUUUUCUUUUCUGAAUUUCAUUGAAGGGUACAAAUAUUUUGCCAGUCAUUUUGUAUACACAAAAAAAUAAUAGUUAUCCUCAAAAACUGACUAUUCUUCACAAAUCUUGCAAUAUGAAAAUAAGAAAAGUUCACAAUGAUACUUUCAUUAUCAACAGUAUCAAGUUUUGUACAAAUUCAGUUAAUUCAAUCUUUUACACAUAUCUUAAAAUAUUUUGUAAUGAAAUAUGUUUGAUUCACAAGAAAUGGUACAUAGACUAUUGACUUGAUAAAUUGUAUCAUAGUUAAUGGAACUUGCAUCAUUUAAAAGAAGUUUUGUGUGUCGUAAAGAGAAGCAGAAAGACAGAAAUCCAUUUAAGCAACACUUUGUACAUACCCAUAUGUUAAGGUACCUGUUUGAAAAGUUGUUCAAAAAGUUCUUGUGAAUGUUUUUGUCCUAUAAUCUUGUAAAGGUAAAACCUGUGAUUUCUCCAAAUCCAAAAAAUCUGCUUUGUAUUUCACUGUGUUUGAGGAUCUUGUUUAAGCAUUAAAUCUCAUCUAGUCAUUUUCAUGCUGCAAAAGAUUGUACUGUAUUGCAACAACCCUGCACUGAAAAUUGUUUUGUAUGUGUAGCUUGUCGGAUAUACAAGAGUAAAUUUACACCACAGACUAUCUUCCAGGGGUUGUGACAUCUGGCUAAUAAAUAUUACCUACAGCUAAACAAC